AUGGGCGGGUGCUUCUCGGCUCCCAGCACCGCGCAACCGGCCAGCGCGGCGCAGCAGGAUGCGGCGACAGACUUCAAGGCCGUCGUGCCGCAGGACUAUAGUCUGUUCUUCCCAAUCAAGGCGAUGCCGUGCCGCUGGUGGCUCGAAGGAAAGGGAUGCAAGCGGCAGGACUGCCAGUACUGGCACGACCACACCAGCCUGACACGUCUUUUGCGCAUCAUCGACGGCGCGAAGGCCACGCUCGACGUCUGCGUCUUCACGAUCACGUGCAACGAGAUCGCCAACGCGGUCACGGCCGCGCACCGCCGCGGCGUCCGCGUGCGCAUCAUCACCGACGACGACCAAUCCAACGCUCAAGGCAGCGACAUCAAGGCCCUGCGGCAGGCCGGCAUCCCGGUCCGCAUGGACAAGUCGUGCUACCACAUGCACCACAAGUUCUGCGUCGUCGACGGCGAGCGCCUCGUCACCGGCAGCUUCAACUGGACGCGCCAGGCGUGCCUGAACAACCAGGUGCGCGCCACGCCCGCACCCGGCUGCGAGCGCGCGCGCGGAACGCAGGGCCGCGGGGCGCCGGCGCGCGCUCACGGGCCGCGCUGCUCGCUCGCGCAGGAGAACGUGGUCGUGCUGCACGGGCCGAAACUGGUCAAGGAGUUCACCAAGCUGUUUGACAAGCUGUGGGCGGACUACCGGCCGUGA